AUGCCCCAAAAUUCUUAUAUUGAUCUUACAACUCUGGGUUCCUCCCCUUCUGGCCAUGAAUCUCGGGCUAUCCUUCCUCCCAAUGAGCCGCCGCUGCACGUUUCAGGAGACGGCCAUGAUUACAAAAAAAGGAGGCUAAAUAGUGGAGCUGCAGCUGGGCCUUCGAAUUUUGCUUCGAUAGUACAUCCGAAUAGUCAUAGUCAAGAAAUGGAGAACAUCAACCCUAUCGAUCUAACGGAGGCGGACGAUGUCGCUACGUUUGCACAGUCACCACCUAAACCGCAGGGAGGUCCUGACAAGUGUCGCCGUUCGGCGAAUGAUAAUACCAGAUCAUUACUGGUCUCUUAUAAGUGCCCCGUGUGUAUGGAUGUUCUGGUGGAUGCUACGGUUACGAUUUGUGGCCACCUGUUCUGCCACAAGUGCAUCAUCGAUACCCUUCGUUUCGGCGAGGAGAGACUCUCCUAUGAGAAUGGAAAACAAUUACGUGGAAACUGCCCUGUUUGCCGAAAGACCCUUUCAAAAAUCGAUGUUCCUGGCCCCCGGAGAAACCUGAUACCUUUGGAUUUGAAAAUUAUGACUAGAAAGAAGACCUGA